AUGGAGGCCGCCGUCGCAUACCUCCUCCUGUCCCUCCCACUCGUCACCUGCGCCGUGGCCGUGAUCCUCCUUCUGCUCUCCGCACUCAAGCCGUCCAAGGCACGAGCCAGCGGCGGCGUCCUCCGGCUGCCGCCGGCCCCGCCCGCCGUGCCCGUCGCGGGCCCGCUCCUCUGGCUCGUGCGCGCGCGCCACCGCCUCGAGCCGGCCAUUCGCGAGCUGCACCGCCGGCACGGCCCCGUCCUCACGCUCCGCUUCCUCUCCCCGCGCCCCGCCAUCUUCGUCUCCGGCCGCGGCGUCGCCCACCGCGCGCUCGUCCAGCGCGGGCCGGCCUUCUCCAGUCGCCCGCCCGCCAUCGCGCCCUUCCGCGUGCUCAACAGCGGCCAGAGCACCGUCAGCUCCGCGCCCUACUGCCCGCUCUGGCGCUCACUGCGCCGGAACCUCACCUCCGGCAUCCUCCACCCGUCGCGCGUCCCGCUCUUCGCGCCGGCGCGGCGGUGGGCCCUGGCUGCUCUGGUCUCCGACCUCGGGCGCCGGUGCAAGGAGAGCGGUGGCGAGGUGGCCGUCGUCGAGUGCCUCCAGCUCGCCAUGUUCUCGCUGCUCACGUACAUGUGCUUCGGCCGGAGCCUGCACGGCCGCCGCGUCAGGGAGAUCGAGGCCGUGCAGAGGGAGCUCUUCGCCUCGUACAUCAGCUUCCAGGUGUUCGCCUUCUUCCCGGCGGUCACCAAGCGGGUGUUCUGGCGGUGGUGGAACAAGGUGCUCGCCAUUCGUCGGAGGCAGAAGGAGCUGUUCCUGCCAUUGAUCCGAGCAAGAAGAGAAAAUGGAGGAGAACACGGCGAGGACCUGUCCUACUGCUACGUCGACACGCUCCAUGCCCACCAGCUGCCCAAGGAGGAAGACGAGCGCGCGCUCACCGACGCCGAGAUGGUGAGCCUCUGCACGGAGUUCCUGACCGCGAGCAUCGACACGACGGUGACCGCGCUCCAGUGGAUCAUGGCGAACCUUGUGAGGCAGCCGGAGGUGCAGGCGAAGCUCCGGAGCGAAAUCGACGCGGUGGUUUCGGCCAACGACGGCGACAACAUCGCGGAGGAGGACCUGAAGAGGAUGCCGUACCUGAAGGCGGUGGUGCUGGAAGGGCUCCGCCGCCACCCGCCGGCGCACUUCCUGCUCUCGCACGCGGCGGUGGAGGAGGCGUCUCUGGACGGGCACCGCGUCCCCGCCGCCACGCUGGUGAACUUCUCGGUGGCCGACGUGUCGCUGGACGAGGCCGUCUGGGACCGCCCGGAGGAGUUCAGGCCGGAGAGGUUCGUGAACGGCGGGGAGGGCGUCGGCGUGGACCUCACGGGGAGCCGGGACAUCAAGAUGACGCCGUUCGGCGCCGGCAGGAGGAUCUGCCCCGGCCUGGCCCUCGCGCUGCUGCACCUCGAGUGCUUCGUGGCGACCCUGGUGCGCGAGUUCGAGUGGGAGCCGGUGGCCGGCGUCGGCGUCGACCUCGCCGAGAGGCCGGAGUUCACCGUUACCAUGGAGCGGCCGUUGCGCGCUCGGGUAGCCCGGAGGAGGCGCGCCGCCGCCGCCGCCGCCGCCGCUUGGAUUUGAUUCGCAAUUUGUCAAGUGACGCGCCCGUAGC